CCCAGUCUUAACCGAACAAAUGCGCUGUAUCUGGGUGCUUAUAAAGCAUCAUCGAGACCAUGAAGUAACACACGCUUACAGAGUAUCUUGCAACUUGAAAUUGCAGUGAAUAAGCUAAAGUUCUGGCCUCAAUGGGUAAUUUGCGUGCCGAAGUCCAACGUCCAGCUGGUGUUCGCAAAGGAGCAUGGAGUGAAGAGGAGGACAGGCUUCUGAGAAAGUGCGUUGAGAAAUAUGGCGAAGGGAACUGGCGCCAUGUUCCCCAAAGGGCAGGCCUCAGAAGGUGCCGAAAGAGCUGCCGACUACGGUGGUUGAACUAUCUCAGCCCUAGGAUCAACAGGGAGAAAUUUUCGGAGGAAGAAACAGAUCUUAUCAUCAGGCUUCAUAAGCUCUUGGGCAACAGGUGGUCAUUAAUUGCAGGUAGGCUUCCAGGCAGGACAGCAAAUGACAUCAAGAACUACUGGAACACUCACCUGGGCAAGAAAGUAGAAGUUGAAAACAAGAAGGCGGAGCCCAGUGCUGAUGCCAAAGUAAUUAAGCCACGGCCAUGGAAAGUACCGUUGCAAUGGUUUUGGUCAGAAGAUCAGCAAUCAUGUGGAAGCCAGCAGCCGCAAGAAGAGUUUGGCAUACCAGAGCUACCGACAAUCUCAGAGAACGAUGAAGCGUGGCUGAAUAGUAUAAUGAAUGGAGAUAGAGAGAACAGUGCAGUGCCAGACGUUGGAAACGGGAGCACAAUGAACCUGCAGAAUGAAUUUGGAAUCGGAGGCUUGGAGGAAAAUAGAGAUGGGGCAGUGUUUCUGGAAGGAGUUCUAGGAUGGGAUGACUUGCUUUGGGCCACUAUAUAGUGCUCAUAUAUGGUAGUGCAAUAGUUGCCAUUUUAAGUUGUUUCGAACAUUAAUGCUCCUGAAAUUCCCACGCAAGGAUUUAGAGCUUCUUAUCCUACAAAAGGACAGGAAACGAGACCUUGAAAAAAGACUCGGUACUAGAAGGCAUCCAGUUAUUGAUUGCUUUUAUACUUGCAACUUGAAGGAAGCACGCUU